AGAAAAGAACAGCAUAGGAAAACUCAAGAGAGUUGGCGUGUGCCCCUCUCUGGUGGCCCCUCUGUUCCUGGAUUAAAAUUUUUACUCUAAACAUUAGGAAAUGUAGUAGGAAAACAGACAUUUCCCGUGAAAAUUUUGACUUACAGCAUGACAUUUGAAAAAUUUUCUGUCCAUAUAUGAUCUGGUGUCAAUUUGAUUAAAAUCGAUGUGUGGUAGAAAUGGCUCAAUGUCAUAGGAUUAUGUCUCAGAAUAAUCAUAUUUUUGAAUGUCACAAAGAAGGCCUGAACAUUCAGAUUGAGCCCUGAACUUACGGAGUGGUUAGAGGAAAUUCUACAACGAGAACGCAAAGAUUAUUUCUGAUUUUUUUUAUUAAUGCUGAUUUUUGAAUUUGUCCUGUUGGGGCACAUUUUCCAUAUACUUGUGAUAAAAAUGAUGAGAAAGAAACGGAAGCAACUUUGACAUUCUUAUGUAUAUCAUCUGAUCUAUUGGAUUAUUAUUUUCUGCCAAAUAUUUUUGCGUUGCUUAACCUUCAAGUGUAAAUUAGGAGUUCAAAAAUUCUUAAUCAAUUUUCUUUAUCUGAUCAGUUUUGAAUAUUGAUUUGAUGAUUAAGAUGAACAAGCCUCAAGGCUUAAACCCUUUAAUGUGAACCAGUAGUUAUUUUGUCCGGAUUAGACCGACUGCAAUUUUGGUUCCGAAUGAUUGGCCAAGAAAAGCUCAAUCAAGUUGAAAAUAAGAACAAAGGAAAACUUUUUAAGUGGUGUAUGUAUCUUGCUGGCAACCCUUCUGUUUCUGGACUAUUUUACUCUAAGCACUCUAGGAAAAGCAGUAGAAUACAGACUUUUCCCGUGAAAACUCUCGACUUGAUUUCCAGCAUUACUGAUUUACCGCUGAGAAAUUUUCUGCUCAUAAAUGAUCUGGCUUCAAUUGAAGUAAAAUCGAGGUGUGUAAUAGAAAUGGUUCAAUGUCAUAAGAUUAUUUCUUAAAGAAUAAAAUACCUGUUCUAUUUAGAGUUGAAAAGUUGGUUUCCCUUUAAUAGGGAAGCAAAGGACUGCUUGAUAGUGAACAAUUAAAUUGAAUGUCAGAAAGAAGGCCAGGACGUGUCUUUAGCUGAUCUUAGCGCAUUCAUUCAUUAAUAUCUGUAGAAAUACGAAGUUGAAACUAUUUUUUCAUAGAUGACAAUAAUGAAGAAAAUUCAUAUUUACAUUUUGGACAAUGCAUUCCAAGUUCCAACCAUCUUAUUCACCCCUUGAUAAUUCCUCUUAAAUGUAUGAGCUAAACUUGACCGCCAAUUACGAAGUCAAUGCUUGUAAACAAAAGCUUCCCUAUCACAUGACCUUUUGAUUUGUCCUCAUGCAAUCAUGUAAAUCUACAUGCUUCUGGUUUCCUUAUUACUGUGGCAACGUCAAGGAUAUGUAUCUUUAACUUGUGAAACCCAUUUCAUUUUAGCAAUGGCCAUUCUUCCUUAUCUGCUUGCUCUUACAAAUCUGUUCAUGUUCUAUAGCCGAUUUUCUUAUGCAACUGACACUCUUACCCAAUUUCAGUCACUUCCUGAUGGUAGGACCUUGGUUUCGAGAGAUGGAAGCUUUGAACUAGGUUUCUUUAGCCCAGGUAGUUCCAGAAAUCGAUAUCUUGGAAUUUGGUACAAAAACAUCCCAGUUAGAACUGUUGUUUGGGUUGCCAACCGUGACAAACCAAUCAAAGACAACUCUAGCAUGUUGAGCAUAAACACAGAGGGACACAUCGUGAUUCUCGGCCAGAAUCAUACUGUUGUUUGGUUGGCAAAUUCAAGAACAAAGGCCUUGAGUCCAAUUGUCCAACUUUUAGGCUCUGGAAACUUGGUAUUAAAAGAUAAGAAAGACCAGAAUCCUCAAAACUACUUGUGGCAGAGCUUUGACUAUCCUUCUGAUACACUUUUGCCAGGAAUGAAGUUUGGAUGGGACUUGAGAACUGGUCUUAAUCGACGAAUAAUAGGAUGGAAGAGCUCAGACGACCCUUCUCCUGGAGACUUCAUAUGGGAGCUUGUAAAUCAUAAUAACCCUGAGGGAGUUUUAUGGAAGGGCCAAACAAAGUAUUUCCGGAGUGGUCCUUGGAAUGGUCUUCGAUUUAGUGGAGCUCCUGAGUUGAGGAACAAUCUGGUUUUUGAUUUCAAAUUUGUAUCCAAUAAGGAUGAGGUCUAUUACAUGUACAACUUGAGGGAUGAUUCAGUAAUUUCAAGAAUUGUUAUGAAUCAAACAAUAUAUGUACGUCAGCGUCUCACGUGGAUUGAUGAAGCUAAAAGUUGGAGGCUUUUUGCUUCUGUGCCAAGAGAUGAUUGUGAUCGGUAUAAUCUAUGCGGUCCAUUUGGAAAUUGCGUCAUGGGUGAGUCACCAGUAUGCCAGUGCUUGCAAGGAUUCAAGCCAAAAUCAUCCCAGAACUGGGAUGCAAUGGAUUGGACUCAAGGAUGUAUCCGCAGUGAACCAUGGAGAUGCAAGGUAAAGAACAGAGAUAAUUUUCUUAAAUUCAGUGCACUCAAAUUGCCAGAUGCCUCACAGUCUUGGGUUGAUGGAAGUAUGACACUUGAGGAGUGCAAAGCCAAGUGCUUGGAAAAUUGUUCCUGUACUGCUUAUGCUAACUCAGAUAUCAGCAGAGGGGGUAGUGGCUGCAUCAUCUGGUUUGGUGAUCUAAAUGAUAUAAGACAGAUUUCAGCUGCUGGGCAAGAUCUAUAUAUUCGGUUGGCUGCUCCUGAAAUAGCUGACCGUGAAGACGCAGAUGGAAAGAAGAUAAAGGUGAUUAUAUUACCAGUUGCCAGUUUCUUGGCUCUUGUGAUGUUUCUCACUUUAUUUUACACUUACAAGAACCGAAGACGGUCUGAAGUGGAAAUAGAGAAAACCUUGCCAACAGAAAAUAAUGAUGAAGGCCCAGAAGAAGAUAUGGAACUUCCUUUCUAUGACUUGUCUGUAAUAGCCUGUGCUACUAAUGACUUCUCAACUAACAAUAAGCUUGGGGAAGGUGGUUUUGGGCCUGUAUAUAAGGGUGUAGUGGCAAAUGGACAAGAGAUUGCCGUCAAGCGGCUUUCACAAAGAUCUGGACAAGGAUUGGAAGAAUUUAAGAAUGAAGUUGUUUUGUGUGCCAAACUUCAGCACCGUAACCUUGUUAAGGUUCUUGGUUGUUGCAUUCAAGGAGAGGAGAAGAUGCUCAUCUAUGAAUACAUGUCCAACAAGAGUUUAGAUUCAUUUAUUUUUGGUUCUACUACUCAAAGUAAAUUGCUAGAUUGGCCUAAGCGCUAUAACAUUAUACUUGGAAUAGCUCGGGGGCUUCUUUAUCUUCAUCAAGAUUCUAGAUUGAGGAUUAUCCAUAGAGACCUUAAAGCCAGUAAUGUAUUAUUGGACAAUGAGUUGAAUCCAAAAAUUUCUGAUUUUGGCAUGGCAAGAAUCUUUGGAGGAGAUCAAGUCGAGGGAAACACAAGGAGAGUGGUUGGUACAUAUGGGUAUAUGGCACCUGAAUAUGCCUUUGAUGGGUUAUUUUCCGUCAAAUCCGAUGUGUUCAGCUUUGGCAUAUUAGUAUUGGAGAUAGUAAGUGGAAUGAAAAUCAGAGGGCUGUCUUUGCCAAGCAAGAAUAUUAAUCUUGUGGGGCAUGCAUGGAGGUUGUGGAAGGAGGACAUUCCACUGGAAUUGAUUGAUGCAUGCUUGAUGGACUUUGUUGUUGAAUCAGAAGCAUUGCGGUGCAUCAAUACUGGCCUUCUUUGUGUGCAACACCAUCCUGAUGAUAGGCCAGACAUGGCAUCGGUUGUAGUGAUGUUGAGCAGUGAGAUUGCUUUACCUCAACCUAAAGAGCCUGGUUUCCUAAUGGAGAAAACCUCAGUUAAAGGAAGUUCCUCAUCUGGCGAUCAUUUGACUUGUUCCACCAAUGGAAUAUCUAUUACCCAGUUAGAGGCCAGAUAGUGAAAGAUUUUUACUUCUUUGUUCUUUCACUGCAAGUGGAUCAGUUGUAUUCUGAUGAUUCUGAUUACAGACUUGAACUCUCUUAAAUCAAGUGUUUGAUUUCAACCCAGCUUGUUGCUUACCAUUUUGAGCUGCUGUGAGUUUUUAUUGUCCAUACCUCAACAAAAGAAAUGCUACCUGUGCAUGGCAUUUGAUUUUCCUUUUACACGACAUGGUAAUGAAAAUGUUUUUGACCUGGAGUUAGAA